AUGGAUAUUGAUCGACCAGCAAAUGUCUCCUUUUUUGAUUUUGUUGGAGGAGUUCAACUUCUCCAGGGGGACGACACCAGAACGGCCAUGCCAGUCAUCCUGAUCGGGAUCUGUGUGUCCGGAGCCGUGGGGAAUUUGCUCGUUUUGCUGAUUUUCAUCCGCGACUUCAGGAACGGAAAGGGCUCUGAGGUGAAAGCGCUCCUCGCCUCUCUGGCUUCCACGGACUUGGUGAUCCUGUUGCUGUGCGCCCCAGUGCGCGCCGUCACCUACUACAAGCAGACCUGGACCCUGGGGAGUUUUGUUUGCAGCACCACGGACUGGUUCCAGCACUCGUGUGUGGUUGCGAAAACUUUAAUCCUUGCAGUCACCACCAGAGCCAAGCACACUUUGGUUCCCAGCACCUCCACGGGGCCCCUCUACAGCCCGACGUGGAUCCACGGAGCCCUGGCGUUUAUCUGGAUUGUGUCCAUGAUGUUUCCCAUCCCGCAGAUGCUUUUUGCCUCUAUGCUGCCACACGGCCUCAACGCCAUUUGCGUGUCCGAAAUGCCGGUGUGCGCGUCUGACUUCAUGGGUUUGUUCUACAAGAUUUAUCCCACUGCAACCUACGUGGCGCCGGUCAUCUUCACGCUCGCCUACUACACCAAAGCGCUGCACACUGCGGUGAACCACGCACCCAGCCCGCAGCACCAGAGCAAGGUUACCCUGGUUUUACUUUGUCUGAGCGGCGCACUCGGGCUCAUGCUGCUGCCAGAGUGGGGGACAUUCACCUGGAUCAGGCUCGGGUACAACAAGCCUCCUGUUGGAUUGAUCAUCUUCGCGCAAGUCCUCCUUUACGCAUGCAGCUCCCUCUCUCCGGUGAUCCUAAUGACCAUGUACGACGACGUGCGCCAGGGACUGAUCGCCAUCUGGUUCAUCGCCACCUGCAGAGGAUCAAAGCACGUACCCAGCAUCAAAUGUCCCAAAACGGAGGGAAACGGAGCGGAGGUCGGCGCGAACGCCGUCGCCAACGCGGUGUCUCGGGAGAAGGAGAAGACCUUUCCAGAUGUAGAGCACUUUUGGACGGGGCGCAGGAACACGGAGGUCCAGGAGGAGCAGGAUCCGGUUCCGUGGGAGAGAGAGGAGAAAAUGUUGUAG